AUGCUGUGGACACCAACGCUUAGCUAUUCCGUCCUGGUUGUUGACAGCAUCACUCUAAUCACUGGUCUUCCUGCCAACCUGCUGGCUCUUUACACUUUUCUCCGAAAGGUGAAACAGUGUGCUACGCCUCUGGAUGUUCUCUUGCUCAGCCUCACCAUUUCUGACCUUAUCUUCCUUUUGUUCCUCCCGUUCCGCAUAAAUGAGGCAGCCAACAUGAAAUGGACCAUGAGCUUCUUUCUUUGUCCACUCUCAGGAUUCAUCUACUUCAGCACCAUCUACAACAGCACUUUGCUUUUGACGGCUAUCAGUGUGGAGCGCUAUCUAGGGGUGGCCUUCCCCAUUAAAUACAAACUCAAGCGAAAUCCCCGAUAUGCCGUGUUUGCCUGUGUCAUAUUCUGGACACUUUCCAUGGGUCAUUGCAGUAUUGUCUACAUAGUGGAGUACCAUAGAGGCAGCAAUAUCACGGUCAAGGAUCUGAACCGAACCUCCUGCUACAAAGAGUUUACCCCUGAACAGCUGAAACUCCUUUUGCCUUUCCGUUUUGAGUUGUUCAUCGUCUUGUUCUGCAUUCCUUUUCUCAUCUGCUGCUUCUGCUACAUCAACUUCAUCAUUAUCCUCUCUCGCUUACCUAACAUCAACCCUCAUAAACGCUCCAGGGCCAUUGGACUUGCUGUGGUCACCCUCCUGGUUUUUAUCAUCUGCUUUGUCCCGUACAAUGUGUCUCAUGUGGUGGGAUUUGUAAGAUGGUACAGUCCACCGUGGAGAGUCUAUACAGUUCUACCCAGCACCUUCAAUGCAUGCUUGGACCCUUUUGUCUUUUAUUUCUCAUCAUCAGCAGUUCGGGGAACUUUUAUCAACAUAGUGCAACAGUUCCUCAACUGGCUUGACCGUACCUUCAGUCAGAAAUGUCUGAUGUUCAAAAAAGGUCGCUUUACUGCCUAUGAGGAGAGAACACAGAGUUCCAAUGAUACUUCUCGCUAGAACUGCAAGUAGGUACAUACAUUCAGGUCC